UUAAUAACGUUCUCAUCGUAAAUCUUAAGCAUUAAUUAUUAUACAAAAACACGAAUUUAUCUCGCCACAAAAUUUUUCGUUUCGAAUUUAUUCGGUCAACUGUAAUUAGAAGAUAAUUUCGAUUUGGUUCAAAGACAGCGGUUUAGUUAACAACAAGACUAUUAAGAACGUUAAAAUCGAUCGGUUUGAAUUAGUGGGAACGUCAAAAUGAAUAGGAAACAUUCGUCUGUUCUAAGGGUUCGCGCGAUCGAAGUUUUUCAGCGGUUGGAUUCAAUUUUCCCGCUCGUAAAGCCUUGUACCUACCACGACCAGGUGUUUUGAAUCAAGUUACCAUAGUCGAACAUAAGAUUCUCAGUUCCUCAGUUGUUUCGUGACCUUUCACUGAGAGCCAGCUAGAUAUUUAACGGGCGAUUCGUGUAUACGGGGAAAAAGGAUGACCGUAAUAUUGACAGUAGUGAAAUUUUGAUCCACCAGCUAGUAAUUUGAACGAGUGCAAGCGACAGAAAAUCAGUCGAAAUUCCAUUCAGCUAUGUGCGCCAGGAGUGUAACUUUUACUUUACUUUUUGCCGGUUUCCUGGGCAUAUCCUCGGAACGAGAGCACAAGGUUCACAACAUAGUGUUGUACCCGGAAAUGCACUCAUGGUGUCAACUCACCCCUAUACAGCAAAUAAUCGCAUCUCCCGGUUAUGAAUCGGUAACAAUCGACAAUAACGUUUGCGUGGGAGCCUGCUAUAGUUAUUCAAUUCCCAAGACGCAACCUGCGGAGCCUGGAGAAUUGAUUGGUCCGUAUUGCGACAGCUGCCAACCUUCCGAAAUCAAAUGCUACCACGUCAAUUUGAAGCAAAUCGACAAAAACGCGGAACUGCCGGUGCUCCAAAAACGCGUCCAAAUCAUCACGAAUUGUUCGUGCCAAAGUUGCGAUAAAGUGCGCACCGAAGACUGCGAGAUCACCGACGGUCACACCUUGGAACUACCCCAAAGCCUCUUCACCAUCGACAAAAACAGCAACAAGCACAGCGAAGAGGUGCCGGACAUACUCGAAACGAAGAACACGCAGCGCCUCCCUUCGUCGGACGGCGACGUCAAAAAGCAAAAGUACAAAAAAUGGUUCGAGAGCCACCAGAACGAAAUCGAACGGGACUACGGCACCGAUUUGUACCGGCUGUUUUUGAAGCAGAACCGCGACAACAACCUCAAAAUCGACGAGGAUUCGUCGCCGCCCGAUCUGCCCGUCCGUUUCGGCUCGGAGGACGUCCGAGCCCACGCUGCUCUAACGGGAAUUUUACAACAUCCGCCGGAGAGUUCUUCGCGGAGGAUCGACGACGACGAGGACGAGGACGGGGAUGAUCUCGAUGAGGUCGUUUCGUCGGAGAAACCUUCGGUGCAUCCUAAUGACGUGAGGAUUUUGGCGGAAGUGAAAGCUAAAUCCGGCGAAUCCAAGUCGAGCGAGGCUGGAUCGAACGUGGUGCAUUUGAUGAAAGGACCGCACGGAAGUUUAGUGGCCAGUCCUGUGGAGACGAAACUCCAAAUCGAUUCGGACGCCCUUCGGCCCAACAGCGAAGGAGUCGUGAUUGAUUACGGUACUCCACAGACGAAACUCCCGAAUAAAGCGCUAGCUGAAAUAUUCGAUGAUUAAAAGAGAAGUAUCGACAACAAACACGCGUCUAUUGAGCUAUUAAAAAUUUAAUAGUUUCAAAGUUUUGUACGUUUCAAAACCAGUCCUUAAAAACACUUAUCUAAUACACAAAAUUUAACAUUUAACUCAUUUUAACAAACGCCCAAAAAAUACAUUAGGCUGUUUGUGCGCAUUUUUGUUACUAAUUAGUUAUAUUUUAGUUUUUUAUGUUGACGCGUUUCGAAAUUAAAUAAAAUGUACAUUUUUUGAGGCUAUAUGCAAACGUGUUAACAUAAAAAAUAUACGAAUCUAGUCCCCCAAAUUAUCGUUUAAAUUUAAAAUUUUCGUAAAAGGGUAAAUCGAAUCCAAUUACAACCAAAUUUGAUUUUAUGAGAAGUUAUAGUUAAAGAUUAUCUAUGUACCUAUAGUUAGUGUAGAGAGUUUACUUUCACUUAUUUUAGCGAGUAAAUUUCUAGAGUUGAGUCUAAAAUAGAAUAUAAAAAAUAUUUUCAAACACAUUGAAGAAGCUUUUUAAUGACACUGGCACAUUAGACAGUGAAAACUCGCCGAACUAUAAAAAACAUUAAAGGGUUUGUUUUGUAUGCAGUUUAUUCUGGCCGGUUUAUUUUAUUUUAGAAAGUUAAAUAUAAGUAAUUCGUUUAAAAUUGUUGCAUUGCAAGUAAAAUAAUUUAACAUACCUCAAUAAAACACAUUUCCAAGUAUUCCUUUUCGCACAAAUUCUUGUAAUAAAUAUACGUAAAUGAAUAGUCCCUAGGAUGUAAGUUUCAUAUUAUAUUUGUUACGCUACUGUUUACCUUAAUCUCGCAUACAGCUUUACGAUUACCAGUACAAAAAUUAAAUGAACAAAAUUUCCUUGAAAAGUGUCGUUUACGAUUUUUAUUUCUACGAUCUUGCGUUUUUCCAAAAAAAACUGUAUAUAAAUUACUUCAAAAUUGGCUGUGUGUUUACGUUAGUUUCGUUUUCAUAUUAAAUAUCUCGAUUAUAUUUCAAUUUAUUUUCUGUUUUAUAUCUUCCAGUUAUUUUUAUGUUUAGUUUAGUUUUAAUUUAUUUAAGUAAUAUACGUUUAAUAUUGAAA